AUCAACUCGACACAUCACAAGAUUUAGAUAUAAAAAUGGCUUCUAUCUGCUGGAUAUGAAGCAGCACAAUUGUGGUUUGUUUUGUUUUUUUGCACUUUUUUUCCCUGUGAUGCAAAUUUGAGUUUGUGCUGAUGUUCUGAGCUCCUCAACAGAUUAACGCACAUCCAACACAACAGCAAUCGGAUCAAUCAGGAUGAAGGCAUCACUGUCCAUAUUUAUCUGCUUUAGCUUGUCUUGGACUCGCACUCAGACAUCCGAGAGACCAAACUGUUACGGAUGCGAUGAAGAUCUCUUCUGCGACUGUUCUGCAAAGAAUUUCCACCACAUACCCAUAGUCCCCACCGAUGUUCUUUCCCUUGACGUGUCUUACAAUGAGAUUGAGUCCAUUUAUCAGAAGGAUCUUACUGCCUACACAGAGCUGAGAACUUUAAAGCUGCAGAAGAACAAACUCAGCAUGAUCCACCAAGAAGCGUUUGAUUCCUUGCACAAACUGGAGGAGCUUGAUCUGUCCUUCAAUGAACUGGAAAACAUUUAUUCAGUGUGGUUUUCUCAUCUUCGAUCUCUGAAACAUCUGAACAUCUUGGGGAACCAAUAUACCACCUUGGGAUCUGUUGCCCUUUUUCAAUUUCUUAAAAAUCCUGCCCUGAAAAAGCUCCAGUUCGGUAACACGUUCAUCAAGGACGUAAAACAGAAUAUGUUGCUUAAUAUUGUACAGCUGGAUGAGUUGACCUUUGUUGGUGCUAACCUAAGAUCAUAUGAGACCGGAAGUUUCCAGAUGGCUCAACCCAUCAGGGCAGUUACACUCAGCCUUCAGGGGUUGUUUCAGGAGAAUCCGGCGCUAGUAUCAAAGAUCCUUCGAGAUGUUUCUCACCCUGAGACGUCCCUAAUUAUAAGAGACAUUUCACUGAUGACAACUAAACCCAUACAAACUUUACAAGAGGUCCGUCAAGGUUGUACCAGAAGGCUUUCCUUUCAAAACUGCAGCACAACUGACGAGGGAGUCACGCUCAUUCUAAAAGUAUUGGAUGGCUCUCCGUUGUCUUACAUUGAUUUAGAGGAUAUUUACCUUAUCGGUAGAGGUUGGUGGCAGAAAGCGCAGCAGACACACUUAGAAAACCUACACACCAUAUUUAUUCACAACGUAGAAAUCCAGGGCUUCAUCGGAUUUAGCAGCAUGUUACAGUUAGUGUUUCUGUUGAAGCAUCUCACCAAGAUAUCCGUCAUCAACUGCACUGUUUUUGUGAUUCCCUGCAUCACCACCUAUUUUCUACGAAAUGUGGAGUACUUGGACUUGAGCCAAAAUCUCCUAUCAGAUAUCACCAUGCAGGAAACCCUUUGCAAUGGUCAAUGCUAUAUGCACAACCUGAACACGCUCAAUGUAAGUCACAACUCACUGAAAUCUCUCCAGCUCAUGGUCCACCUGGUCUCGGGUCUCCAAAAGCUCACGGCGCUCGACGUGAGUCACAACGACUUUUUAAAGAUGCCACAGGAUUGCAAUUGGCCUGUAAGUCUCAGGUUCUUGAAUGUCUCUGCUACUAAACUUCAUAAGGUUACUUCGUGCAUACCUCUGAGCCUGACUGCUCUGGAUUUGAGCCAGAACUACCUCACGGCGUUCCACCUCCAUCUUCCCAAACUUGUGGAGCUCUGGCUAACAGGAAACAGGUUUAUUUCCCUACCAGAAGGUGGACAGUUUCCCAGCCUGCAGAUGCUGUUCAUUCAAAGAAACACAUUGAACAUGUUUAACAAAAGCGACCUGAUGGCAUUCCAGUCUCUCCAGUUCUUGGAAGCUGGUCAGAACAAUUUCGUUUGCAGCUGUGAGUUUGUCGAGUUCUUUAAAGGUCAUGUCGACCACUUGAUUACUCUAAGGGACGGACAUCACAGCUACGUGUGUGACUCUCCGCCCUCGUUGAGAGAUCUGACCAUCGAUAAAGCUCAGCUAUCAGUCUUUAAGUGUCACAUGAUCUUGUCAGUAUCUGUUGUCUGCUCUGUGACUGUCGUCUUCCUGAUCGUCGCAGUAAUCGUCUGCUACAAGCUUCACGUCUUUUGGUACCUACAGAUGACUGUGGCAUGGUUAAAGGCGAAAGGUAAACCAGCUGUAUACAGUGCAGACGCUACGCUACUCUAUGAUGCUUUUGUAUCAUACAGUCAGCACGAUGCAGAGUGGGUGGAAGAAAUCCUCGUGCCAGAGUUAGAAAGCUCUGAACCUCCGUUUGCUCUGUGUCUGCACAAGAGAGACUUCCUUCCAGGCCGCUGGAUCGUCGACAACAUCAUCGAGUCCAUUGAAAGUAGCUACCGAACUCUCUUCGUUCUAUCAGAGAACUUUGUGACGAGCGAGUGGUGCCGCUACGAGCUGAACUUUUCACAUUUCCGGAUCAUGGACGAGAACAACGACUCGGCCAUCCUGAUCCUGUUGGAGCCGAUCGCCAAAGAAACAAUUCCUAAGCGUUUCUGCAAACUCCGCAAAAUAAUGAACUCCAGGACGUACCUCGAGUGGCCUCAGGACGAAGGAAGGCGAGAAGAAUUCUGGCACAACCUCAGAGCUGUACUUAAGAGAGAGGACUAGUGAUCAGAUUUCUGUAUUUUAUCCAUAAUUAAGGUUCUGAAUCACAUCAGUGUAUCAUAGGAAUUCUGAAUAAUAAAUGUUUUUACUAACCAA